AUGAAAGACUCGCUGUACGACCGUAUCUGGCGCCGAGAAUGCGGGGACCUCUCGUCUUAUGCCGGACUUCGGGGCAUUUACGGCUCCAAGGAAUGGAUCAAUGAUCUGGACAUCGUGAAUGAGCUCGGGGGGCACACUGGAUGUGUCAACGCUCUGAGUUGGUCCAAAUCUGGAUCUCUUCUGGCUUCGGGCUCAGACGACGAACAUUUGAAUAUCUACUCGUAUCAACCUGAAUCCUCCAGCGCACCAUUCAGCUUAAACACUACCGUCGCGACCGGCCAUAGCGCCAACAUUUUCUCUAUCAAGUUCAUGCCACAUUCCAAUGACCGAACUUUGAUCACUUGUGCUGGUGACUCGCAGGUGCGAGUCUUCGACAUUGAAUACUCCAGCAGCAGUGGGAAUGUGGCUUCCACCUCGGCAUUUGCAGCCUCGGCUCGCAGUCGGCGCUUCAAUGGCUUCUUUGAAGGAGCUCGGUAUCUGACCGAAAGCAACACCCACUGCAGGGUUUACCGCAGCCAUGCCGAUCGCGUAAAACGCAUCGUCACAGAAUCGUCUCCUUAUCUCUUCCUCACGUGCUCUGAGGAUGGCGAGGGUUUCAUGGCCUACCGACCCGGGCUGGAGCAUGAUGAUUCCAAUGUGCCUCCGCCACUCAUCUCUUACAAAAAGUAUCGCCUCGACCUCAACACGAUAUCAUGUUCUCCCAGUCAGCCACACUACAUUGCCCUGGGCGGUGCCCAUAUGCACUGCUUUCUGCAUGACCGGCGCAUGCUUGGCCGCGACACUUUAACUGAGCGAGGUAGCCCAGGAAUGUCUACCCCGAGCCCCGCCAGUCUCGACGAUGAAAUGAUGGGCAAAGCAACGCGAUGCGUUCGACGUUUUGCACCUCGUGGGAAACGCCGAAUGAAAAAUCUCGACGAUGGACACAUUACCGCUUGCAAGAUCAGUGACGCAAAUCCCGAUGAAAUGGUUGUCAGUUGGUCGGGAGAUCAUAUCUACAGCUUUGACCUUAUUCGGAGCCCCGAUACUCGAGAGCGCUCGUCUACCGAUCCAACGAUGUCCAAGACCUCGAUUACACGUCGUAAAGAUGACUCGCGGAGCCGCAAGCGCAAGCGCCCGAAGCCUGCAUCCAUGUCGUCACAAGAAAGCGGCAAUAGGCAUCAGUCUCGACGCCGGUCAGGAGAGCCUGAUGCGUUCAGAGUUACUUAUGAGAAUGGCGAAUCAGAUGAUAUUAUUUUCCCGACAGAAGGGGAACCCUCCGAAGCAUUACUCGAUUACACGAGAUAUUCUAUGCUGAGUGAGGCCCAACGGCUGAGCGCGCAAAUUGCAAAGGGGUUGGUGAAGCUUCGCCGUGCUCUGUUUUCACUGCAGGCCACGGCUCGAGGGGCUACUGAAUCUGACCAGACAGACCUUACACCAUACUCGGAAUCUUUUGCAUAUGCCUUGGCACUUGCUACUACAUGUCUUACUCAAAUGGAUGAUGUUAUUCGUAAAUGGGCUUACCCCCUGAACCCAAGCCGUGACACUGUUGCCUUUCAACAAGCUCUUCGCCGUAACCGUCAAGCAUCGUGGAGAUUUGUUCAAGCUGCUGGUGUGCUCGCUCGCGCUUUGGGCGGAAAUACUGCGUCAACCGCAGAAAGUGAUCUCGAUCUUGUAUCUGAUUUCCGGCGAAUCAUCCCAGCCCCGAACGAGGAUGAUUCUAUCGAAAGAGAGACCCAUUUUGGAUAUGACUUUUUGAAGGCAAUUUUGCUGUGGCUUCAAGGUGGCAGACAAGACCUUUUACAAGGGUUCAAACGUGGUCAUUGCCCUCGUCGGCUUGAAGGCAGAUUUCCUAUUCCUGUCGAUGCCGAUGAAGAUGCUAUCGAUAACAUUCUACUGCCUUAUCUCCAGGGAUUAGCAGGAGACACCCCCAUCGUCAAUGUCGAUGCGUCUCGCUUUGAGCAUGAUGCUACUCGCGUCUUAUUCCAGACCCAACGGGCGGCUGUCACUGCUUUCGGUAAUGCAGUCCGACUGCCUCUGGAAGAUCUGGGAGUAACAGCUGCUCGGAUAGAUAAACGCCGCGUAUCGAAUUCUUCCUCACAAGUUCGGUCUUUGGACCGGGCGUCAGCGACCCGGUUCUGGAUUCUGCGCGUGGGAAGAGGGGUUUUGUUGCAAGUUGGCACUGGAAUUGAUUAUGCAUUUGUCAAUCGGGCUUUUGGUGGGCUUCAUGCUACUACGGACGCUUCGGACAGUAAUUCCAGUGAUCUAGAAGGGGAGCCAUGCCAAGAGGACAUUGAUCCCAACGUCGAAGAAGAGCCUGUCAAGUCAAUCAACCUUGUAAGGACAGGAACGUCAAACGCUGCUGCUGCAGCAGAACAAAACACAGAUGACAGUGACAUGGAAAACUCGAAUGAAAGCGAAGACGAAGAUCAAUCCGAGGAGGAGGAUGAAGAUGAUGAAGAUCAAGAAGAAAGAGACGACGAGGAUGGGUGGAAUAUGGACCUCAUGGACUCUUCAGAUGACGAAACUGGUGAAAACUCCUCGGACGACGAAAGCGGAGAGCCUCUCUUCCUGCAUAGGGCGACACGCAAGGUACGGCGCGGAGAUGUUGAGAUAGAUGUCCCAUGUUCUGCACAUACUCGAGUUUAUCGCGGGCAUUGCAACAUCAAGACUGUCAAAGACGUCAAUUUCUUUGGUCUGAAUGAUGAGUAUGUGGUUAGUGGCAGUGAUUCCGGACACCUCUUCAUCUGGGAUCGCAAAACCGCCAACCUGGUUAAUAUCUUGGAGGGUGACAGUGAGGUCGUCAAUGUGAUUCAAGGUCAUCCUUAUGAGCCGACGAUCGCCGCAUCGGGUAUUGACAACACCAUCAAGGUUUUCUCACCGGACCGUCAUGCACAAGACCAAGCCCGCCGUGGCAUUGGUAUUCUUGACCCUGAUAACCCUGUGAAUGCACUUGGGUCGACUGUACAUAACUUGGGCGGUUUGCAGAGUCGCAAGCGCGUUCAGGACAGCUACCGCAUCAUGAGCCAGAAUGAUGUCGACCGUCGCGGCGGCAUGAGCGAGGCUUAUAUCACGAGAAGCAUGUUGGCCCGUCUUGCUGCUACUCUUCGGGGCGGACCAGGCGGGAACGGUCCUGGGCUAGGUGCGACUGUCGGUGCUGGCGAAGGGGCUACUGUAGUCCUCGAUGAAAAUUGCCAGGUUAUGUGA